AUGUGCUCCACUGGAUGCUGUUCCACCGGAUGCUGCUCUGUCGUGAAGAGCAAGACCGUGUGCUGCACCCCGUGCAAGACUACCUGCUGUGACCCGUGCCAGAAGCCCUGCUGUGAUCCAUGCAAGACUGUCUGCUGUGACCCGUGCCAGUCUUGCUGUGAUCCAUGCCAGAAGCCCUGCUGUGACCCGUGCCAGUCUUGCUGUGAUCCAUGCCAGAAGCCCUGCUGUGAUCCCUGCCAGUCCUGCUGUGAUCCGUGCCAGAAGCCCUGCUGUGACCCGUGCCAGUCUUGCUGUGAUCCAUGCCAGAAGCCCUGCUGUGAUCCAUGCCAGUCCUGCUGUGACCCUUGCCAGAAGCCAUGCUGUGACCCGUGCCAGUCCUGCUGUGAUCCGUGCCAGAAGCCCUGCUGUGAUCCGUGCCAGACCUGCUGUGACCCAUGCCAGAAGCCUUGCUGUGACCCGUGCCAGUCCUGCUGUGACCCAUGCCAGAAGCCAUGCUGUGACCCAUGCCAGUCCUGCUGUGAUCCGUGCCAGUCCUGUUGUGACCCUUGCCAGAAGCCUUGCUGCGACCCGUGCCAGUCCUGCUGUGACCCGUGCCAGUCCUGCUGUGACCCGUGCCAGUCCGUGUGCUGCACCAAGGUGUGCCACAAGUCCGUGUGCUGUGUCCCACGGCCCUGCUGCUCUCCUUGCUGCGUGGUGAAGAAGCCCGUGAUGGUUUGCUGCACCCCCGUGAAGAAGUACUGCACCCCCUGCAUCCCCAUCCAGCAGUGCUGUGCCAGCCUCAGGAAGACCUGCUAA